AUGGGCGCCGCCGGCUCGUCCGCGCUGGCCCACCUGGGCCUUCCCGCAUCGCCCCGGCCCCGCUGGCUCGGGGUCGCCGCGCUGGGACUGGCCGCGGUGGCGCUGGGGGCCGUGGUCUGGCGUCGCGCGCGGCCCGGGCGGCGCCGGCGGCUGCAGCAGGUGGGCACCGUGGCAGAGCUCUGGAUCUACCCCGUCAAGUCCUGCAAGGGGGUGUCGGUGAAGGCGGCGGAGUGCACGGCCCUGGGGCUGCGCAGCGGUCACCUGCGGGACAGGUUUUGGCUGGUGAUUAAGGAAGAUGGACACAUGGUGACUGCCCGGCAGGAGCCUCGCCUCGUGCUGGUCUCCACUACUUAUGAGGAUGAUUGCCUUAUCCUCAGGGCACCAGGCAUGGACCAACUGGUUUUGCCAAGCAAGCCACGUUCUUCAAACAAGAUCCAUGACUGCAGGGUGUUUGGUCUUGACAUCCAGGGCAGGGAUUGUGGUAACGAGGCUGCUCAGUGGUUCACCAACUUCUUGAAAACAGAAGCUUUCAGGCUGGUUCAGUUUGAAAAGAACAUGAAGGGAAGACCAUCAAGAAAAAUUUUCCCUUCUGUUGGCCAGAAUUACCAGGUGGCCUACCCGGACUGCAGCCCCAUCAUGAUCCUCUCAGAAGCUUCCCUGGCAGAUCUGAAUACCAGGCUGGAGAAGAAAGUGAAAAUGGACAAUUUCAGGCCAAAUAUCGUGGUGGCAGGCAGCAAUGCUUUUGAGGAGGACACCUGGGGUGAACUCCUCAUUGGCGACGUAGAAAUGAAAAAGGUCUUGGCUUGUCCCAGGUGCAUUAUGACCACGGUGGACCCAGAUACCGGAGUGAUCAACAGGAAGGAGCCGCUGGAAACCCUGAAAAGCUACCGCCUGUGUGAUCCUUCCGAGAAGCCAAUUUACCAGUCAUCCCCACUUUUUGGGAUCUAUUAUUCGGUGGAAAAAAUUGGAAGCCUGAAAGUUGGUGACCCCGUGUACCAGAUGGUACAGUGACAGAUCCACUAGGUUUCAGCAUCCCGGAGGUACUGAUCCGGAUUUUAAUGACCACAGCAGCACCACCUGGGCAAAUUCUUAUUACCCAGCCUGUGACCAUCUUCCUCAUAGAAAUGAAUCUCUUUUUGGAGUUAACGGAUGCUCUGAG